AUGAUCCACACAGCUUCAGUUUUAGCGCUGCUGGGUUUGAGUUUUCUUCUGUCUGAUGUUGCUGGAGAUAAACACUCUCUGUAUUAUCUCUACUCUAUCCAGUCUAAAAGCUCUACAGACAGAGUCUCUGAGUUCAGUGCAGUGACUCUGCUGAAUGACAGACAGAUUGACUCCUACAGCAGUACAGACAGGGUCAGGACUCCUAAACAGGACUGGGUGAAGGAGAUGAAGGAGAAUGAGUGGAAAGAAGGCACUGAAAAGCUGAAGAACGAUGGACAACAGUUAAACAAGAUCCUCAACAUACAGAUGGAGACCUUCAGACAUGCUGAGUCUGCUCCACCAGAUGUUCAUGUGUUUGCAAAGAAAUCUACAACUGACUCAGGAAUGCUGACCCUGACCUGCCUGGCCACGGGCUUCUACCCCAAAAGCGUGGAUAUCAGUGUGAGGAAGUUCAGCACUUCACUGCCUGAACAUCUACUGAGAUCUUCAGGAGUCAGACCCAAUGGUGAUGGAACCUACCAGCUGAGGAAGAGUGUGGAGAUCCAGGAAGAUGAUACAGCAGAUUAUAACUGUUAUGUGACUCACAGCUCCUUUGACACACCAGUAAUUAAACAAUGGGACAAAAAGUGCAAUAACUGCCAGAGUUCAGGUUCAGGAACGGUUGGAGCGGUGGCUGGCGGAGUGGUGGGGCUUCUGCUGUCUUCGGGUGGGAUCAUCUUCACUCUUAUAAAGAAGGGGAUAAUUAGCAUUCCAGGCAUUCCAGGUGCUGCAGGUGCUGCAGGUUCUGCAGGUUCUGCAGGUGCUGCAGGUGCUGCAGGUGCUGCGAAGACUGCAGCGACUGCUCUGCAAGCCCUGCCAAAUGGUGCUACUGAACCACUCUUGACAGCUGACCGUAAAGCUAGUGGUGGUUCUGACGCCAGUUCUGACUCUGGACAGGGAACUGGCUCAACCAAUAGCAGCAAUGAAAACAUUGUGAAUGGAUCAUCUGACUCUGGUAAUGGACACGUACACGUGGUUGUCAUGAAUGGAGCUCCUGCUACUGCUUAAUCUGCUGUUUCAACACCUCAGACCAGCAAACUCAACGAGUCAAUCAAAUGAUUUCAGCAUUUUACUGUACAUUUCAGAUAUCAAGGCCUUUAGCACUUGAGACGCAAUCCUCAGCAUACAUUUCAGAACUUUUCUGCUGACCACAGUGUAAAUGAUGUUUAAGUAUAUUAAACAGAACCACUAGUGAACAUGUUAAAUUGACAGUAGUCAGACAUGUUUACUACCAUUGUGAUAGCAAAUAUACAUAGGCACAUCACAAUAGACAGGUCAGGAAACGUGAGUUAAAACAGUCGAACUGCAAUGAGAGACGUUUCGAUAAAACAAGAACGCCCACAUCAGGAACACCCCCUUAACUUUCAUUGGCCAAUAUGUCUGCAAAAUGGCUUCUCUCAUUGGUGGAUACGACUCAGUGGGGAAAAUACAUCAGUAUUUGUAAAGACGUUACUAACACUAAAUUAAUAUUGAUCCUACAUAUUUAUUUAAUGAACAUUUGACUUCGAGAUUAAAGUCAUAAUAUUCCAAGUAAAAAAAGUCGCAAUAUUUCAAAAAAAAGUAUUUUUUUGAAUAAAAUCGUAAUUUUUUAGAGGAAAGUCAUAAUAUUUCGAUAAUAAUAUUGUGUAAUUACGACAUUAAAGUGACUUUAAUACUAUGAAAGGUCGCAAUAUUAUGACCAAAGUGUUUGGAAAAGGAAGGUAACAAGCUCCUCGUGUUAAAAUGAGCGGCGGUGAGGAGUUUAUUAGAGUUGCACGUUCAUAUCGAUUCACCCAUAAAGAAACACUCAGUCUCCCUGUCUCUCCUGCUCAUCAGCACCAGCCUGUUACUAAUACUAAAAAUUAUAUUUCCUCACUGGACCAUUUUUAUUGCUGGGAUAUUGUAGGUGAAGAUACCUGGGUGUUGACUGGAUUUGAGAAAAUGUAGUCAUAUGUAAGGAAGAGAGUUUGCAAAAACUGGCUUGGUUUAGAGUUUUUAUGUGGGAGGUUAAAUAUUGCAGUGCAGGAGUUUUUCUGUAUUGCACUUUUGAAAGUACUUUAUGGCUUGUGGCAGUUACUAUUUUUAUAUUUCCAAAUAAAGCUUUUAUUUCAAACUGUC